GGCGAGAGGCUAGCCCGGCUCCCUCACCCCAGCCCCCUCCUCGCCCGUCGCACCUGCCCCGCCUCUCGGACCGGAGCCGGCUCGCUCGGCGCAGGCGCAGCAACGCGGCCGCGAGGCCGAGGGCGACCAAAGCAACAUCGGCCUCCACGUUCUCUGACAGUAUCCGCGCUGGGCAGCGGCCCCGCGGGCUGCGCGUCGUAAUGGGCUCGGGCUGGAGCAGCGAGGAGGAGCGGCAACCGCUGCUGGGACCCGGGCUCGGGCCUGCGCCGGGGGCUGCUUGGAGAAGCAGGGAGGAGGCGGCGGCGGCGGCGGCGGCGCUGCCCGCGGCAGCCCCGAGUCCCGGGAGGGUGUACGGGCGCCGCUGGCUCGUGCUGCUGCUCUUUUCGCUGCUGGGGUUCGUGCAGGGCCUGGUCUGGAACACCUGGGGCCCCAUCCAAAACUCGGCGCGCCAGGCCUACGGCUUCUCUAGCUGGGACAUCGCGCUCCUCGUGCUCUGGGGGCCCAUCGGCUUCAUGCCCUGCUUCGCGUUCAUGUGGCUCCUGGACAAGAGAGGUCUUCGGAUAACUGUGCUUCUGACAUCCUUCCUUAUGGUUUUGGGAACUGGUCUAAGAUGCAUACCUAUAUCAGACUUAAUGCUUAAAAGAAGACUAAUCCAUGCAGGACAGCUGUUAAAUGGAUUGGCAGGUCCGACUGUAAUGAACGCAGCUCCAUUCCUCUCCACAACGUGGUUCUCUGCAGAUGAGCGGGCCACUGCCACAGCUAUUGCAUCAAUGCUCAGUUAUCUUGGGGGAGCAUGUGCAUUUUUAGUUGGACCACUUGUUGUUCCAGCUCCCAAUGGGACGGCGCCUCUUCUUGCUUCAGAGAAUAGCAGGGCCCACAUUAAAGAUCGCAUAGAGACUGUAUUAUAUGCAGAGUUUGGAGUUGUCUGCUUACUAUUUUCUGCAACUCUAGCUUAUUUCCCACCACGACCUCCUCUUCCUCCCAGUGUUGCUGCAGCUAGCCAGAGGCUGAGUUAUCGGCGGAGCUUUUGUAGAUUAUUAAGCAAUUUGAGAUUUUUGAUGAUUGCUUUAGCAUAUGCCAUACCACUUGGCGUAUUUGCUGGCUGGUCUGGAGUUCUGGACUUAAUUUUAACACCAGUGCAUGUCAGCCAAGUAGAUGCUGGCUGGAUUGGAUUUUGGUCCAUAGUUGGAGGCUGUGUUGUUGGAAUAGCUAUGGCAAGGUUUGCAGAUUUUAUCAGGGGUAUGCUGAAACUAAUUCUUCUCCUCCUGUUUUCUGGGGCUACACUAUCAUCCACGUGGUUCACCCUGACCUGUUUGAACAGCAUCACACACCUGCCUUUAACCACAGUGACAUUGUAUGCCUCCUGUAUUCUCCUGGGAGUGUUCCUGAAUAGCAGUAUACCUAUAUUUUUUGAGCUUUUUGUGGAAACUGUCUACCCAGUUCCAGAAGGAAUUACUUGUGGAGUUGUCACUUUUUUAAGUAAUAUGUUCAUGGGAGUACUUUUGUUUUUUCUCACAUUUUAUCACACAGAGUUGUCUUGGUUCAACUGGUGCCUUCCCGGGUCGUGUUUGCUCAGUCUCCUCCUUAUUCUGUGCUUCAGGGAAUCCUAUGACAGACUCUAUCUUGAUGUGGUUGUCUCAGUUUAAUAGCACAGACUUGAAGGAGUUUUUAAAAAGAGACUGGAAAUCAAUACUGCAUACUGCACAUUUGCUUGGAAUUGCACAUCUGACAGGAAAAAAAAAAGGAGAAGAGAGAAACUUCAUUCAGAGGUUUUGUUAGGUUACAGAUGAUCACAUUAAUUUAAUUACUGCUAGGUAAUAAUAAUGUGGAACUUGAGUGAUAAUAGUGUAUUUAAAAACUGUAUCAAUGGCAUAUGUGUGCCUGAGUCUGGGGUUAGAAGUGUGAUGUCUUACACAGAUAGCACUACCUAGGUAAUUCCCUCUAUGUUUUGUGCCAGUGCUCAACUACUGAUUAAUCGUAACUAUGAGAAGAAAUAAAGGGUGUCUAUUACAUGAAGAUAACUCCUUCCCUAAGCCACAUAUCAGAAUAGGAAGAAAUGCCACUAACUUCUAAUGAAGUUUAAACCCUAUAUCAGAUUUUAAUUAUAAAAUAGCCAAGAGGUGUAUCAAUGAUAGAUAUUAGCCACCUGUACGCUACAUUUUUUUCUAAUAAAGCCAUUUCUUAUAUGACUCCUUAUUUUUAAUUAGAUCGGAAACCUUUGGCCACCUUAAUUAUGGUGAUCAAGUGCUUUCCAGUGACCGCAGAGCACAUACUUUGUGUCUCGAUCUUAACUAAUCCUUGUUUCAGUGAAAUACAAUUUCAUCUGCUAGGCUCUUAAAUGAUUAUAUUAAAUGUGACUAAAUGUUUAAUAUAGUCGCAUUAAAUGCUGUAUGAAAAAUGUAAUUUUGUUACGAUUUAGCACUCUGUUAAAAGUGAAAUGACAAAUCCCAUAGAACAUCCUGUGUCUUCUGGCAGAUAUAUAUGUGGUGGCAUGGGAUGGAAAAUCCAGCACCAGCUGUUAUUUACCAGGGUUGCAUUUUAUUAAAUGACCCUUGUUUGAAAAUAACAAUUUAUAGCAUUGAAACUUUCAGAUCUGUUGAGUGAUUUCUGAAUUACUUUCUUGUAUCUCAAUUCAGGUUAUAAAAUAUUCAGUUCUAUAUAGAGUGUAUAUUUGAGAGGGCAGUAUUUUGCCGGUACCUGCCUUCCUUCUGUGGAUGACAGCUUUUACAAAAAUAAUACCCAGUGGACAGCUCUCAGACGUGUAUUUCACUAUGACAUAAAAUAUGCUCUGGGGGCCUCCCUGGUGGCGCAAGUGGUUGAGAGUCCGCCUGCCGAUGCAGGGGAUACGGGUUCGUGCCCCGGUCUGGGAGGAUCCCAUAUGCUGCGGAGCGGCUGGGCCCGUGAGCCAUGGCCGCUGGGCCUGCGCGUCCGGAGCCUGUGCUCCGCAACGGGAGAGGCCACAACAGUGAGAGGCCCACAUACCGCAAAAAGGAAAAAAAAAAAAAUGCUCUGGUGGGGUUAUGAUAUUACCACUAUUCAGAUUUACAUAAUUCCCCUCAUGCUGGAAAAUCAAACACUUUCUCAAAAAGUCAAGAAUGAUGUUUUGUCUUCAUUGUUCUCAGCUUCCUCCAACCCCCUCUCCUUUUUUACUCACUUGAAAUUGUAUCUUCAUUGUCAGCUAAAUAUAUAUUUUAUUUGUCUUCUUCCGAACAGCAGAGUGUAAGGCAGCUCCUUCUAUUAGCCAAGGUGGUGAAGUAUAGUUAAGGGGACCUGGUCAGCACGUAAUUGACUCAUCUCCACACAUUUGCACACACCGUCACACAUAGUCCCAGAUACCCCUCCUUUCCCCCUUGGUAAGUUGAAGGCUAUGCUUUUACUAACCUCGGUCCUAGAGGAGGAUGCUAUUACCGUCAGGCCUUCUAAGAUCCGAAAUUGUGCAACCUGGAAAGUAAGAAAACCCUCAAAUUUAACAUCUGUCUUCAGUCACCUUUAGACCAUCCCCCUUUAUAACCACCCUGCUAAUAACUUAGCAGCCAGAACUGAAAGAACUGAGGAACUUGCUAAAGAGAUGUGAAAGCUAGGCUUAGUUCCUGUUAACUCUGUCAUUCUUCUCAAAUAAAAAUAAAAGGAAAGCAAAGCAGAAUUCUUAAGGAUAAUUGAAAGCCAGCCAGUCCAGGUAUCAAUAGUCCAUGAUCCCGGUGCUAAAAUAACCACCACCCCUUCCUGUUUUAGAAUGAAUCUAGAAAGGUGAGGGAAGAAUUAUGAUGCAUUUGGUUUUAGUUAGAACUGUUGUGUUUGAGGACACUCCUAUAUAAAACUUUGCUAUAAGACUUCUCAUACAGAGCAUUUUAAUUAUGGUUAAUUCUACUUUUAACACAUAGUGAAAACUAACAUUAAAAAAUAUUACCUAAAUGACUGAUUAGUUCAAAGAUAGACCAAAUGGGUAGUGAUUUUAAAUUCUUGCAUUGUACCAGGCACCAACCACUGUUUUUAGCAUACGUGAGAUGAGAUGUGUCCCUUUGUCUCAUUUACAUCCGCUUAACCCCUCCAGCAGAUAAUUGUUCUAAUCACAAGCUACAGCUGUUUUAAAUGAUCAAGAUUUCAUAUACCAAACCUGAUAGAAAGAGAACCAAAAUCUUCUAGGGGUAGGGGGAGGAUUACACAUUUACUUACCUGUAUAUUUCACAAUUUUUUUUUUUUACUUUUGUAUUU